CAAACCUGGCGCCUCGUGGGACGGUCCUUUACGCCCCGGAACCGUACCCUGGACAGGGGGCCUCGCUGUGUCCACGCUCCUGUGACAGGCUCCUGGCACCCCUUCUUCCAAAAGCCCACCCACCCACCUUCGCGGUGCCAGCUCCCCUACCCCCACAACCCAGUCACCCCUACGUCCACUCCCGAGAUCGCCAGCCCUCUCCCCAGUUUGAACGCCCCGUCCUCGGUGACCCAAGACCCCUUAGGUGACGACCACCCCGUGCCUCCGAGGCCCGCCCUGGAGCCGGAGACCCCGCCCCGGCCUCGCCAUCUGGAGGGCGACGGAGGAAGGAAGGAUACGGACCCAGGCGUUCACCCCACCUCCACCCCCCGCCCCCGACAUCCCGGCCAGAUAAAGGAGCCGAGGCCAAAAGGGGAGCGCGGCCCCACCCCCCGGAGAAGAGGAGCGGCAGCCCCUGCAGGACGGGGGCCUGGCCGCGAUGGGAUCCGCCGCGGCCCCGGAGCGGGCGCUGGGCUACGUCCGCGAGUUCACGCGCCACUCCUCCGACGUGCUCGGCAACCUCAACGAGCUGCGCCUGCGCGGGAUCCUCACCGACGUCACGCUGCUGGUUGGCGGGCAACCCCUUCGAGCACACAAGGCGGUGCUCAUCGCCUGCAGCGGCUUCUUCUACUCAAUCUUCCGAGGCCGUGCAGGAGUCGGGGUGGAUGUGCUCUCCCUGCCCGGGGGCCCCGAAGCCGGAGGCUUCGCUCCUCUUCUGGACUUUAUGUACACGUCGCGCCUGCGCCUCUCUCCGGCCACUGCACCAGCGGUUCUCGCGGCUGCCACCUAUUUGCAGAUGGAUCAUGUGGUCCAGGCGUGCCACCGCUUCAUUCAGGCCAGCUACGAACCUCUGGGCAUCUCCCUGCGGCCCCUGGAGGCAGAGCCCCCCACGCCCCCAACGGCCCGUCCACCAGGCAGUCCCAGGUGCUCCGAAGGGCACCCAGACCCACCUACUGAGUCUCGCAGCUGCAGUCAAGGCCUCCCCAGUCCAGGCAGCCCCGACCCCAAGGCCUGCAACUGGAAAAAAUACAAGUUCAUCGUGCUAAACUCUCAGGCCUCCCAAGCAGGGAGCCUGGUUGGGGAGAGGAGUUCUGGUCAACUUUGCCCCCAAGCUGGGCUCCCCAGUGGAGAUGAGGCUUCCAGCAGCAGCAGUGGCAGCGAAGAAGGACCCAUUCCCGGUCCCCAGAGCAGGCUCUCUCCAACUGCUGUACAGUUCAAAUGUGGGGCUCCAGUUCAUACCCCCCAUCUCACACCCCGGGCCCAAGAAGCCACUGCGUCAUCUCCCUCUGGGCGGGCUCGUCCACCACCAGGAAGUGAAUUUUUCAGCUGCCAGAACUGUGAAGCUGUGGCUGGGUGCUCAUCGGGGCUGGACCCCUUGGCUCCUGGGGAUGAGGACAAGCCCUACAAGUGUCAGCUCUGCCGGUCUGCCUUCCGCUACAAGGGCAACCUGGCCAGUCACCGCACGGUGCACACAGGGGAAAAGCCCUACCACUGCUCCAUCUGCGGGGCCCGCUUUAACCGGCCGGCCAACCUGAAAACGCACAGCCGCAUCCAUUCGGGAGAGAAGCCCUACAAGUGUGAGACGUGUGGCUCCCGCUUUGUACAGGUAGCACAUCUGCGCGCGCACGUGCUGAUCCACACCGGGGAGAAGCCCUAUCCUUGCCCCACGUGCGGGACUCGCUUCCGGCACCUACAGACCCUCAAAAGCCAUGUUCGCAUCCACACGGGGGAGAAGCCUUACCACUGCGACCCCUGUGGCCUGCAUUUCCGGCACAAGAGUCAACUGCGGCUGCAUCUGCGCCAGAAACACGGAGCUGCUACCAACACCAAAGUGCACUACCACAUUCUGGGGGGGCCCUAGCCGAGCGACAGCCCGGCCCCAGUCACUUUCUGGAAGCCAGGGAAGCUGCUGGCCCACCCCUGGCUUCUCUGUCAGAUUUGGGCAUGGAGGGUGCAAGGCCCCUCCGUUCUCAGAAACUGCCUCCACCUUCAUUUCUCACUGGGGAGAGCAGGGGUGGCAGAUCAGGAUUCGAUCUGCCUCUGUUUUGCUGGUCAAAACCUCUUCCCCACAAUCGAUUGUUUCUGAGGAGAGAGCAAGCUAGGAACUGGGGAGGGAAAAGGCUGGAGGCCUGGUUUUCGUAAGGGAACAGUCCUCCACCUGCAAUCCCCAUCUCAUUCGGUUUAUCUGUAAAUAUAAUUUAUUGAGGCCUUUGGUGGCACCCGGGCCUUCAUUCUAUCGCAUUUCCUAGCUCCCUCCUCCUAGUGUGAUCGGUGACCUGAGACACAGACUGUGAGGUCACAGCUCUGCUGGCAGAGAUGAGCACUUGGCUUGAGUGUUUUAUGUUAUUGUUGCCAUAACUUCUAACUUUAGAAUUGUUCUUUCUCCUAUUUUUUUGCUUGUUGGCUUGUUUAAAAUGGAGAAAGGGGUUCUCUGUGUCCUGCCCCUCCGAUUCUAGGUCUGGAACCUCUAUUUGUCCGAGGGCAGCUCUGGGAACAUGUGGGUUUGUGGAACUGGGUCAGGAACCCUCUCUGGAUUCUGGAUAUUCUAGGUUCUCUAGCAGGCUAGAACUGGAUAGACGUUUCUCUGUUCUUCAAGGGCUAUGGGACCUUUAAGGUGAGCCUGAAAUGCAGGUAAUAAAUGCCUCCGGAGGGCUGUGGGUGUGGGGCUUUGUCAGUCUUGGAACUGGGGGGAUGGUUGGAGAGGCUUUUUCUUAGAUACCUAACUGUCCCAUUCACCGGCUCCCCUGGGUGUGCCUCGGCUGUGUCUGUCAUGAUAGAGCUCACAACCCUCCCACAAGGGCCUGUUGUCAGCACUGAGUUCUGAAAUUCCUUAUUAGAGAUGAUGCCGCCUUUUCUGACUCUGCCCCACCCCUAAGAAUGUUAUGACCUACGGGAGAGUUAUGAAACUCUUCAUCUUAAACUCUUUAUCUUGACCAGUCCUUUGAUGCUAAGGCAUCUGGGCUUGAAUGUCUCUUGGGGUUCUCUCUACCUGAGACAAACUCCUUCUUCCCUCAGUGGGUUUUUGGACAUGUUCUGGCAAAUGUCCAAAUUCCAGAAAUUUCUUUGCCUCUAGAAGCCACAGGUGCUUGGUAACUUUCUUAUCUUAGAAAAGCUGGGUCUGUGACCUGGUCUUCCCAUCACUGUAUUCCUGUCCGGAACAGUGAAUGCACUAGGACCUUCCACGGGGAGAGUAAAGGGGCUGAGUUCCGUUUGGGGUUUGAUAUAGUUUGGGAUUAUGAUUGGGAUUAUUGUUGGGGUUAGAGGUUUAGAAGAUUUAAAAGAUUGACUGACUGACUGAUGGGCCUUCUAGUGGACCAAAUAUCCAGGUAGAAUUUAGAGGCUGGUUGAGGGCUACAGUUUCUGGUGUAGGCCAAGGAGGUAGAAAGUUAGGAAUGGGGGUGCCUCUUAACUGGGCAGAAGGUCUGGAAUGUUAGACGAUGCUGUGAAGCCUUGACUUACAGUCCCACCCCUUUUGCCAUGGAGCCUAUUUGGCUAUGGGGCGUGGGGAUGAGAGGAAGAAGAGCUUUGAAUUUGUGGGGUAGAGCUUCCUCAGGAUAGGUCAGUACUAGUGGUUGUCAUUUGGAAACUGGUGAGAAAGCUACUCUUUACCCUCUUACUCCUCACUGCAGACUUGCAGGAAGAGAGCGGAAGAGAGAUGCGAGGAGGAACCAUGGUUUUUAUUUUAUUUUGUUUUUCAGCAGACUGGAUGGGCAGGUGGAGAGUGCCUAGGGUGGAGAUGUUAGAUCUUGCAAGAUCAGAACCAUGGAAUAAAGAAGCCUGUCUGUGCUGCC